CUUAGAUCGCCGCUUGACUUUGAAUUACAUCGGUGAUGAUGUUGCGUGUUUGCUGGAUGAUGUUUGGGGCACCCGUAUUGGCUGCUGCUUUCCGCGCUGACAUCAUGAGCGACACCAACAGCAGUGGUGGCGAUGAAAUGUGCUGCUGUUACAAGGAGAAACAGGCCUACCGCAACAUCUGCGUGAAAGAUGGCAUGGCUUAUUGGCCCCAUAGGGGUGAAGACAAAGAUAAGAUCGACUAUUACAAUUUCACCUAUGAGUUCUUGACCUAUUGGGAACUCUUCAACCAGAAGUCGCCAUUGAAUCGCCGCUUGUACUUGACACUGACGCCGUUGACCUCUGUGGACACCACGAGCUCCCCUGAGAAGUUGAAGCUGUGGGGCUUUUGGUACAGAAAGCUACCGGACGAUCAGAAGUAUGUGAAAGCCAACGACCUCUUCAGCGCGGGACAACGGGAUAACUAUGAGAUCCCAGAACCCAUGGAGAAUGGCCACCCCAUUUGGAGUCGCUGUGGCGGACCUGAGCUGGAGCCCAUGACCCUCUACACGCUUGCAGACGGGGAAGAUACGAAGCCAGCCCCAAGCGAAUGUUUGAAGAAGGAGACCUUGAAGAAAAACUUUGCUGGACUACGUGUUUGUCCGGAGAAGAUGACCAGAUUUUUUUGUGACUGCAAAAAUCAGUGCUAAGCCACAGCCAAAACCUGCGGCUCCGAAAAGUCCGG